GUGGGGGAAAUCAUCAUUUUUUUGAUUGAUCCCUGCCUUCGAGCGAGUCAUCGGUAAUCCCGUGACGUCAUUUCAACAACAGUACUUCUUAUAGCCAUAAUGCCAUCACUGUGGAUGUCGAGACAUGGCAGAAUGAGUGCGCGUGCGUGCUUGAAACCGCUCAGCAUUUCUCAUAAUCAUUCUCUCAGCGGGGAAACACUUGCCCUUUGUCCCUCGAGUCCUCACAUUGAUCCAAUUAGUUCACUUUUCUGAGCUGAAACAAGCGGUUGUCAAAAAAAAAAUUGCAAUGCACUUUUAUUAUUAAUCCCUUAAUGCCAGAUUUCCUUGCGUGCAAGUCAAAGUUCGAAUGCGGCGGCUGUGAGGUGACGUGCUGAUGCUCUUGGCCUCAGUUGACAGUUUGACUCCACGAACGACCUGCUGGGGGCGGUGUUGAGAACGUUUUUGAAAAUCUUGACUGCCCUUAAAAGGGAAGUUUUCCCAGCAUGAGUGUGACAUUUUCUCAUUGGAGUGACUCGGGCAAGCAACAUAAACACCAUCACGGACCAGCACGUGCUCCCAAAUGGCUCAGCAGGUUAGCGAUGAACCCGGAAUCGCUUUAAUUUCCUCACCAAAAACCACAAGGGAAGCAAGAUAUUCCAUGAUAUCUGCAUGCUUUAAUUUUGUCAAUUCCAUCAUCGGUUCUGGGGUGGUAGGUUUACCGUACGCAUUGAACCAAGCAGGACUCCCCUUUGGCGUUUUGCUUCUGAUUAUUGUUGCGUUCAUCACGGACUACACAAUCAUCCUACUCAUUAAAGGAGGCAACCUGUCCGGGACAAACAGUUACCAGUCGUUGGUCCAAAGCACAUUUGGUUUUCCAGGAUUCCUCAUUUUGUCAGCGCUGCAGUUCCUGUAUCCGUUUAUCGCCAUGAUCAGCUACAACAUAACAACAGGGGACACACUGACCAAAAUAUUUCAAAGAAUUUCCGGAGUUGGACCAGAUCACAUCAUGGCCGACCGCCAUUUUGUCAUCGUCAUGUCCACCGUCUUAUGCACACUGCCUCUUUCGCUUUAUCGAAAUAUCGAGAGACUGGGCAAGGUAUCCUUCCUGUCAAUGAUACUGACAGUAAUCAUCCUCGUCAUUGUAAUCAUCAGAGCAGCCACCUUGGGACCUCAAAUGUACACUUACACAAAUGUUUCCGUUGAUGAAGCGCUGAUAUUGCAAUGUGGGAAUAGGAUGACAACUCAACGCAAAUGUUGCUUCCUGUCUAGUCCCCCGACGGCGGAGGCGUGGCUUUUUGCCAAGUGGAACGCAAUUCAGGCAGUCGGCGUCAUGUCGUUUGCCUUCAUAUGUCACCACAACAGCUUUCUGAUCUACGGCUCUCUGGAGCGGCCCACGCUAACCAACUGGACUCGGGUCACACACAUUUCGGUUGGCUCAGCGCUAAUCAUCAGCGCCGCGUUUGCGGUGGCAAGCUACGUCACCUUUACGGGCUACACGCAAGGAGACAUAUUUGAGAACUACUGCAGAAAUGAUAAUUUAGCAACAUUCGGUCGCUUCUGUUUUGCCCUCAGCAUCAUCACAACGUUUCCGCUGGAGUGUUUUGUUACUCGAGAGGUGAUUUCAAAUUCAAUUUGUGGUCGGGAGCUUUCAAAAGUAGAGCACAUUUCUGUCACGGUGAUCAUAGUUGCGGCUUGCACAGCGAUGUCUUUGGCGUACGACUGUCUGGGAAUUGUUUUGGAGUUAAAUGGUGCUCUGAGUGCCACACCUCUGAUCUUCAUCAUCCCCUCCGCUUGCUUCCUCAAACUCUCCCCUGGACGCUGGUAUCACAGUGAAAACCUGAUGCCCGCCAUUUUGAUUGCUCUCGGGGUGUUCGUCAUGAUAACUGGACUGACGAUGACGGGCCUCAACCCUCAAGACUGUUCACACGGCGCGGAGAUGUUCUACUGCGCCGAUGCCAACGUCUCCGCCACUCUAGCGCCUGUAUGAUGACUUCAACUUGCAAGGACCCUUAUCACACUGAAAUUUAUUUUUGGACUGCGUAUCGAGUAAAUGCUCUUCCACUCGACGGGGGGAAGGUAUGACUAACCUGUGUAAGCAUCUUUUGCCAUUCACACAGUAGAAUACAGCAAUUUUUUGGUUUGUUUGUCUGUUAAAGUGAACACGUCCGGAUUUCACACAAGUAAAUUUGUCAGAAAACUGAGAUGAGAUCCUCAUUACUGUAUUUCUUUUGUUUGGUGCUAAGUGUGUCAUUUUUCGACUGAAACAUACACCGUAUUCACAAAUAGUUUGAGAUUUAGGAUUUUGGGUUGAACAUUGUUUCAGUCCUUUGACAUAACUUGCUAUUGUUGUCAAUCACUUGUAUUUAACUUUUAAGUACAGUGUAUUUGUAUUGAAUCUUUUAGAAUGUUGAAUUCAAACAUUUAUUUGGAUUCAAUUUGUAUACAUUUUAAUGUUAAUCUUCAAGUAUAUA